AUGUCUCCAUCUCUUGUCACUAUUGCCACGGCCAUUCUGGCUUGUGCCUCGACGGCUGCGGCUGCCCAGGCUUACCAGAUCGAGGAGACCUAUGAUACCAGCAACGUCAACAGCAAAUGGAACUUUUUCGAGAGCAAGUUUGGUACCGGUAACAUCCGGGACAUCGACCCGACCGAAGGCUUCGUCAACUACCGUACCUACAACGAUGCCAAGGCGCUGGGUGUCCUCUCAGAGGAGUCGGGUUCCAUCAUGAUGAAGCCCAACUUUCCCACCGGCAUCACUGCCCAAGGAAAGGGCCCCGAUAGCGUCCGUUUGGAGAGCAAGGCCCGCUACCAGCAGGGGCUCUUCAUCGCCGACUUUUCGCGCUUCCCCAAGCCGGUGUGUGGCUCCUGGCCAGCCUUUUGGAUGUUUGGGAACUCGUGGCCUGAAGAGGGAGAGCUCGACAUCUACGAGGGCUGGAACGUGCAGACGGCCAACGGUAUCGCCAUGCACACUGACCGCGCGACCAAGGUCGGCAGCUGCCACAUCGACCCGCAGGAAGUCAACGCCGACGUGCAGACCACCAACUGCGACAACUUCUUCACCGACAUCCCCAGGCAGUGGGAGGGCACCGCCUGUCUCGUCAAGGAGCGCAACGGGCUCUGGGGAAACCCCACCGGCGGUGUCUACGCCAUCGAGUGGUCUUCGCGCAACGUCAGCGUCUGGAGCUGGGCCCACGACAAGACCCCCGCCGACGUUCUCGACGGCAAGCCCAGCCCGCGCACCUGGGGCCGCCCUCACUUCUUCAUCAGCGACUCCAAGUGCGACAUUCCUCGCGUGCUCAAGAACCAGAAGUUGGUUCUGAACCUCGACUUUUGCGGCGUUACGGCCGGAAACGAGGGUAUCUGGGGAGAGACGUGCAAGGCCAAGACGGGCGCUGCAACCUGCGCCCAGUAUGUGGCCGCCAACCCAUCGGCUUUUAACGACGUUGCUUUUGGUCUGAGGACCAUCAAGGUUUACCAGCACAAGGAGGUCGACGAGCCCAAGCCGACCACCACUGCUCAGUCGACCACCACCGCCAUCACAAGCCCUUCAGCCACCGAGACCACUACGUCACCCUCGACCACAGCAACCACUACGUCACCCUUGACCACCGCGACCACUGCCGCUUCUUCGACUGGGGCCUCGACCAGCGCCUCGUCGACGCUGACCACGACAAAGCCCGCUAGCACUGACCAAUCCACAACAAAGGUCGGGACCACGGCUGCUGGCACUGCCACCACCAAGCAGCCCGAGCAGUCGGUAACCUCGACCAUCACGACUACCAAGACGUAUGUCAUCACCUCGUGCGCUCCCACCGUGACCAAGUGUCCGAUCGGCCAGGUCACAUCCGAGGUCGUCAUCACCACAACAGUCUGUCCAGUCACCUCAACCGCCACCCGCCCUGUCACGACAGCCACCGGCUCCGCCACCACCAAGAAGCCCGAGCAAUCCAUCACCUCGACCCUCACGACCACAAAGACGUACAUCAUCACCUCCUGCGCCCCAACGGUCACCAAGUGCCCAAUCGGCCAGGUCACGUCCGAGGUCGUCACGACCACGACCGUGUGCCCGCCCGGGCCCACGUCGACCAUCAAGACCACGACCAAGCAGAGCACGCUGUCGCUGACGUCGACGCUCCGCAUUCCACGCCCUGAAUCCUCGGCCUCCUCCAGGUCGUCCCCUCCUCCCUCGUCCUCGUCGCCGGCCUUUGGAAACUCGACGCUCCCGGCCGGCACGACCAAGACCGCCGCCACUCCGACCUUGACGAGGGGCACGCAGACCGGCACCGGCACCACGAUAAAGCCGACGACCGCGACUACCUCGCCGCCCGUCCCCGUCGUCACGGCCGGCGCGUCCGGCGUCGAGGCUGCUGGACUGCUGGCCUUUGGAGCGCUCUUCUUGUUUGCUUUGUAA